ACGCGCUACGAUAUGGGUCAACAGAUGGAGAAUCAGAAGAGAAAGAAGGUGCUGGUCGUCGGCGCCGGAGCUGCAGGUAUGAGCUGUGCGCACCACCUCGCCGAGCAGCCCGACAAGUUCGACGUCACGCUCGUCGACGCCGUCGACUACUGCGGUGGCCAAGCCUACAGUAUCCCCAUCGACAAGAACAAGUACGGCGCCAGCUGGCUCAACCAAGGUGUCCAGGGCGGCUCCUACAUUUUCCACCACACCAUGACCAUGUUUGCGCGCCAGGGACACCACGCCGAUCCCGUCAAGCUGCAUGUUUCGUUUGGCAAGGACGACCAGUUCUGGACAAACGUCUACUCGACCAUGAUGCUCAAGAAGCACGAAAAGGAGGUCAGACGCUUCUACUACAUGAUCAAGAUCAUCCGUUGGUUCGAGGUCUUUUUCGCCCUCGUGCCCAUCAAGUACGUGGUCAAGCUCUUCAUGUUUUCCGAAGAGUUUGCCAAUGUCGUUGCUCUGCCCAUGGUAGCUCUAUUCCUGGGAACCGGCAACUACGCCCCCGAAGUGCCUAGCAUGGUGCUCGAGCGACUCUGCACCAGUCCCACCUACGGAAUGUGGUUCCCACCGGACAAGGCCAGCGUGGCCAGCAACAUGCCUCCCAUGGUCGUCUUCCCCAACUUCAGCGAAUUUUACGGCGACUGGAAGACCAGUCUGGAGAAGAAGGGCGUGCACAUCCGCUUGUCGACUGAAGUCACCCAAGUGGUUCGCAGAAACAAGGACGGCGUCGACGUAAAGAUCAUCAAGCGCACCCCCGCCUCAGACGGCCACACCCAAGACAGCGCCUGGGUCCCCAACACAGUCGAAGGCAGCAACGGCGAUCCCAACGCCCAAGAAAUUGAAGAACACUACGACGAAAUCGUCCUCUGCGUACUCACAGACACCGCAAAGCGCCUGCUCAAACCCUGCGCAACAUGGCGCGAAAACAAAGUGCUCGGGUCCGCCAAGUUCGCAAACGACAUUACCAUCACGCAUUCGGAUGCAGACUACAUGCGCAAACACUACGAAAUGGAAUUCAACGAAGAGCAAGCCGUCACCACCCUCAACGGCGCAGACCAGACCUCUCGCGUUGACUUCGCACGCAAAAACUUCAAGCCAAUGUACCUGAUCAAAAUGUACCCUUCGGACCUCACGAAACUCGAGAUGAGCUUCAACUGUAGCAACUACCAGAGUCAAUUCCCGCCCGACACACCUCUGGACAAUGCAGUCUUCCAGACCAUUUUCCUGAACAAAGACCGCGACUCGCAUUUGUGGUCCAUUGACGAAAUCGACGAGUCCAAAAUCAUCCGCAAGGAUUGGUGGCACCAGCUCUGCCACUCUUUUACCCAUUACCUCUUCGUAGUGCCAUGGAUGUGGUCCCUGAACGGCCGCAACAAUACUCGCUUCGCCGCCGCAUGGACAAUGGUAAAUGCCCACGAGGUAGCCUGUAUCUCUGGCAUUGCCGCCGCAGUCGACCUCGGCGCUUCCUAUCCUGAAGACUUGGAGCGCGACAAGUUUGCCUUACUAGCUUUCCGUCUUUACUAUCUGCUCGCAUAUGGCAAAUGGUACAAGAAGAAGUUCUCGGGCAAGAAUAGCAAAGAGAGUUAUUCGACUGGGUUAUAUGGGUCUGUAUACCAAGGCCCUGGUGUCGCGAGCGAGGAACGCACUUGCUGGAAAAAGGAGGUCGAGAAUGGACGUGCGUUGAAGGAUUUCAGCAUGGCAAAGUCCGAUUAA